AUGUUGGAAAUCAAAUUUAGACUGCAGUGAUGAACAAUUGUGCAAAUUUUCUAAAUUCAUUUGUAGUCUGAAGUCUGUGGCCUAUCUGUGCAGCUUAAUUCUGACUUUUGAAUGGAGAAUGGGCAAUAUUUUUAAUGGCCAACGACAAAGUACCGAGGAGAACGAGGUAAUGGCAAAUGAAGACCAAGUUACCAUGGAAGAGUCGGUGUUUGAUUUUCCUUUCCUGAACGAUCCAGAGACAAUCAAAUAUGUUGGAACGUCACAGACAUUGCUCCUUCUUCGCGGCCCACCAGGGAGUGGAAAGUCAACCUUAGCUGAAGCAAUCAAUAAGAAAUAUCCUGGAAAAGUUGCCAUCUGCUCUGCUCAGCAGCAUAUUCCUCAGGGUAAAAAACCUCCUUUCUCGAAGCAGAUUCUUGAGAAUGCCCACUCUGACUGCCAUCAGUGUGUCAGAGAUGCUUGCUCAAAAUCAUUUUCUAUUGUCAUUGUAGACAACACAAAUGCUGCACUCGAUGCAGUGAAAAAUUACACUAGCAUUGGACAUGACUUUGACUACGUGGAUGUUCUUGUUGCACCGCAGACAAGUUGGAUUCUAAAUGCCCAGGUGUUGGUCAAGAAGUCCUCUCGAGGGUUCUCGCUCAAAGACAUCCAGAAGAAAGUUGAGAAGUUCCAGAAACCAGUAUACCCUCUAUUCUAUGGCUGGUUUGUGAAUAGAAGUGAUUCAGAGAGAAUGAGGGAAUUUGGAAAGAUGUUCUAUGAGAGGUGUCUCAGCAAAAUGGAAUUCAGAGAUGAGUUUGCAAAGCAUCUUAUUCCUGACGCCAGUGGCAAGAAACAAGACCCAGAAAAUUACUUUUCAUCUGAGAACUACACUGUUGGACAUGUGAUGCUUCACUGUACAGCCUUCUAUAGCAAUUAUGGUGAGGUUAGUCAAUCAGAGGAAUAUGCUGCCCGUGAAGUGGUAAGAGCUGACAAUGGCAAGGCGUUCACUAUUAAGGUUAUUGGGCUUCUGGUUACCCCACGAUCUCUUGGUUUUCGACUGGAACUCAAUGAUGAAGAGCUUCCCCUGUGGUUAGAAGAAGAUGAGGUCAAGGACAGAGUGGAGGAAUCUGUGGAUGAUACGUGUGCUUCGGCUUCAAGAGAAACUUGCAAGCCCUCCGGAGAUGAGUGCAUCAUUACCCGUCUGUCUCCGACCUGCGGAACAGGUAGCCGUGCCCACUUCAGUUUGGGUAGCGGGCCUGGUGUUGAAGCGGUCCAGACUGGUCUAGAUCUGGUGGAGAUCAUCAAGAUGGAACAAGAAGCAGUUCGGAUGAAGAAGAAACAUACAAACAUAGGCUUAGAGGGUGCAACAGCUGUUGGGUAUGGGGAAGGAAACUGGAUGGUGUACUUUGAUCAAGCUUCUUCUACUGAAGCUCUUUUUGCUGGAUACUUCUAGAUUGACACUUUUUUAAUAUGAUAAAAUGACAACAGUGUUAAACUUCUAUUUAGUGUUUUUUUUUUGGACAUGGUAGUAUACAUCUACAGGUACUGGAAUCGUAAACACUUUUUAGUUUGGUGCAUGGUUAGUUGGCUACCAGCUUUUUAGUUGCAAGGUACAUUCAUAAAUUGUGUCAUUGGUGUCAGUGUUUAUCAUUUGAUGUUGAACAUUCAUUCAAUUAUAUGCAAAUAGUUCUGAAGGAAAUUAUGUUUUUCAUUUUUUAUUUCAAGAUUUAAUCUAUGAAUGUCUGCAAUCAGUAAAAUACAUUGCUACAUGAAAUAUAAUACAUGUAUAUAUUUCAUAUCAAUCAAGAAUGCAGCUUGUGUAGUGAUUGUCAUUAUAGAUGUGUUGUCUAAUGCCCACUUGCCCUAAUCAAAAGCACAUGAUGUCAGUUGAGACUUGAAGAGCAAAUCACAACAAAUCAAAAUGAUGUGUUACCGCUAUGAUGUAUUGGUGCGCUGGGCAUGAAGACUUUUUGUAUUGUUAACCUUCAGCCUCUGCUAGCUGUUGGAACUUUGGUCAACCAGGCAUGAAACAACUUAUUCUUGUAAAUAAUGUUUAGUACACUUCUCACCAGUGAACCUAGCAGCAAUAGUGAUGAGGUAUUCUAUUAAUUUGGAACUACAGUCAGUUUGUACUGAUGUACAUUUUAUUUCAUUUUUCAUAAAACUGUACAUAAAUAGUUAAUACUUUCUGUAAUAUGGGCUAUUAUGAAAAAUUGAUCAAAACUGCAUUUAUUGAAUGUAAACACAGACAGACAAAUAGGAUAAAGGAUGAAUGAUGAGUCUUUAUUUCAAAUGAGAGCAAUUGGCAUAUUAGAUUUUAACCCUAAUAUGAAAAAGGGAAAGCAAGGCAUAAAAAGACUAUAGUGAAACAAAAAGGGUACUGAAAAAAAGAAAGAUAGUAGCUGUGAAAAUCUUCACCAUGGAUGAAAAAUGAUAUUCAAUUUAUUUUCUUUCAGUGAAAUAUGAUAAUGGAAACAAGUGACUAGUGAUCAGUAAUUUGCAAGUUAGGCUUACUUCCAUCUAAUUUUAACCCUUCCCUUUAAAAAAAAAUCUUUUUUCCUUUUUUGCAAUUAAGCAUUAAAAAUGCUCUUUUUCAGCCUUCAUUGAAAAUACUAGCUAUCUUAUUGAUAAUGAUCAUGCGGAAAUUCAGCACUACAAGGUUAUUCUAGUUUUUAAGAAUUGUUUCUCAUCUGCCUUUAAAUUAUGUACUUCUGUAUUAAAUGCUGUACUGGAAUCUCCAGUUUUUCGGGAUAUGAAACAUAGACAAAAAUCACAGAAUACAGGAAAACACAUGAUAUUCAUGAUGAAUUAUGAAAUAUGCAGUAAAAAUCAUGAAAUCUUAUCUGAUAGAACAUAACUGUGCAUAAGUGAAAAUCUUGCUGUCAAGCCUGUUCGCAGUGUUUAGUGUUUGCCAAGAUAUUGUAUAGAAACUUACCGUUUUAUAAGAUUUUCAGAAUGAUAUUUGCAGUUGAUUUAUCAUAUUUUUUUUACAUGUCAUGGAAGAACAUGGAACAUGAUGUUUAGAUUAGAACACUGAAGAAUAUGGAGUUAGCAUGUUAAAAAUGGAAAACUGUGGUCUUAAGUCUAGAUGCUAUUCAUACAGAAGAUUAUAUUGCGUGGUAAUAUCUCUCAUUUAAUCACUUAUAAAGAGACUUUCAUAGUUGGUUGUGUGAAUAUUUGUGACUAUUAUACAUUAAAUAUGUAUAUUGCAAAACUCAAAUUAAGAAUUUAAAAGGUGAGGCCAUUUUUAAAAAAAGGGCAUUUAAAGGAAAGGAAGGCAGUGCUCACUAUAGGGGGCAUUCAAGGCUAUUAAAUUAGGCAUCAAAAGUAAAAUAUACUUCCAAUAGGACACAUGCACUGGAUUACUGCAGGAUACCAAGGAAACAUGCAAAAAUGGCAUCUUAUUCUGGCCCUAAAUCUAAUAGUAAGAAGGGCAUCAAGGGCAUUUCUGUGGACAUCUUAGGUCAUGACCUUAAAUGUUUUUUUAUUGAUUUGAGCCCUAAUAUUGUAACCAAAUGUCAAAUAGUCAUACAGCCAAUUGUAAAAGUCUCUAGAGUGACCAAAAAAAAAUUAUUGUAGGUUUUGUAUUAAUCUAAAAUAUUGAAAUGAGGUAAGAAAUAUUAACUUCAAUACAGUUCCUUUUUUUUCUUCCCGGUAUAUAUUCUUUAAUCUUCUUUAUGACUGUGAUGAGGGUAGAAUUCUGGUUUGCUUGAAAAGCUUUUAAAAGAAAUAUUGUACUAUUGUUGUUAGCUUGCAAAGCAUGUAUUGUAAUAAAAUCAUGAAAUAUACCAUCA